GGCUCCGCCUCUCCGCCCGCCUCCUCCUGCCCCUACGGAGGGCAAGAAAUAGCCCGGGCCCUGGCCCGAGCUAGAGCUCCUUUCUCCCUUAGGACCUUCCUUCGCCGGGCCGGGAAAGGGGCCCGGUGAGGCGGCUGUCCCUUUCUGACAAGAGGCUGCAAGCGAGCUGCAAAGGAGGGAGGCGGAAGCCCAGCCGCGCUCCCGUCGUCCCGCUACUUUGCCCGGCGCCCCUCCGGGUGUGUCGCCGCCGCCGCCGCCAUGCGAUUGCUGCGGACGCUGCUGAGGAGCGUCUCCCCUCUGAACACCAUCCCUCAGCAGGUGGAUUUCUACUGCCGCUUCUCCCCGUCCCCGCUUUCCAUGAAGCAGUUCCUGGAUUUCGGAUCUGACAAUGCUUGUGAGAAAACCUCCUUUAUGUUUCUGCGACAAGAGUUGCCUGUAAGAUUGGCAAACAUAAUGAAAGAAAUAAGUCUGCUUCCAGACAACCUUCUUAAAACACCUUCAGUUCAGCUUGUUCAGAGUUGGUAUGUGCAAAGUCUGCAGGAGAUCCUUGAUUUUAAAGACAAAAAUGCUGAUGAUGCAGAAGCUGUUUCUUGUUUUAAAGAUACUGUGAUAACAAUCCGGAACCGCCACAAUGAUGUCAUUCCUACCAUGGCUCAAGGCGUGAUUGAGUACAAGGACAACUAUGGGGUUGACCCAGUGACUAGUCAGAAUGUGCAGUAUUUUUUAGAUCGCUUCUUCAUGAGCCGGAUUUCAAUCCGAAUGUUGCUUAAUCAGCACACUUUGUUGUUUGGAGGAAACGUUGAAGUUAAUCCAGCACAUCCCAAGCACAUUGGAAGUAUUGACCCUAAAUGCAAUGUUGUCGAUGUUAUAAAAGAUGGUUAUGAAAAUGCGAAGAGCCUCUGUGACUUAUAUUAUAUGAGUUCUCCAGAAUUAAUUCUUGAAGAGAAGAAUGUAAAAUCACCAGGGCAGCCUAUGCAAGUGGUAUAUGUGCCAUCGCAUCUCUACUACAUGGUUUUUGAACUUUUCAAGAAUGCAAUGAGGGCUACCAUGGAACAUCAUGCAGAACGGGGAAUCUACCCUCCAGUUCAUGUCCAAGUCGCUUUAGGCACUGAAGAUUUAACUGUGAAGAUGUGCGACCGUGGUGGUGGUGUUCCUUUGAGGAAAAUAGACCGGCUAUUUAACUAUAUGUAUUCAACUGCACCACGUCCCCAUGUGGAGACAUCACGAGCAACCCCUCUGGCUGGAUUUGGUUACGGCUUACCUAUCUCGCGCCUGUAUGCCCAGUACUUCCAAGGAGACCUGAAGCUCUAUUCUCUAGAAGGUUAUGGCACAGAUGCUGUUGUCUUUAUAAAGGCUUUAUCAACCGAGUCUGUUGAAAAAUUGCCAGUGUAUAACAAAUCGGCUUGGAAACAUUACACAGCCAAUCACGAAGCAGAUGACUGGUGUGUCCCAAGUAGCGAACCAAAGGACAUGACAACAUUCCGCAGCACAUAGCAGGAGGCCAGGCAUGCUGAGCCAAAGAGGGUCGUGUCAUCUAUGGUCAGCUUCCUUAUUAGCACCACUAUCACAUGUUUUAAUGGGGAAGGAUGCAUCUCCAUAUCCAAGCUGGAGUCUGAAAACCAUAUCAUUGCCUAGAAUGUUCAUUUCUAACCAGUGAUGUUUUUCCUUCUUUGCAUCUUAAAUUCCUUCUGCAAAUGCACCUUAGAUUAUUUGAGCAAAGACUAGAAGGCAAAAGACCCGAACAGUGUUCAGAUAUUGUUCUGCUUAACUACCAGUCAUUCCAGUGAACGAUUCAUGGGAUGGAUGAUUUACUUUAUACACCUCCUCUGGGAUCAUUUGCACUAGCGCAGCCUUUUUUUUUGCUCUCAAGGACUUCAGAAGGGCUUUCCAAUGUGAGAGAAACAAUGUGAGCUUAUCCCGUUUGUUCCUUUUUUUGUAUUAAACAUUAUGCGGAAUUGAUUAAUUGGUUGCUGUCAGCGUAAACAACUCUUUAUAUUUAUAGGUCUAUAUUUACAUCUAGACGUAGAAGUGCUUGAGCCUCAUUCAUUUUGUUUUGAAAAUUGAACUAUUUUAAAAAAAUAAAUGAUAUUUCAAAGGACUUAAAGCACUUGGCUUGUCCAGGUCUGGUGUUUUCCCAACUGGGGAAAGCAGAUCUUUUAAGGAUCCAGAAAGGAGUUAUUACCAUUAAGUAGGCAAAAGAUUGUCUUAUUUUCCUCUGGGAUAUUAAUGGAAUUUAAAAGUGUAUAACUUGAGCUGAAUUUUCCAUUCACAAUCAGGGAACUUAGUAAUGUUGAUAAAACCCUUCCUAAUAAAAUACUACUCAUACACAAGUGUUGCCAAAUACAGUUGGUCUCAGAGUUUGAUCACAAUAUGCAAUGUAAGGGUUGCCAUAGGAUUGCAAUGAAUUCGUUUCUUUUCACAUUUAUUCUAAUAUUUCCAUAGAACAGUGAGAUAUGCUUGCUUUCUAAGAAAACAGAAAUUGGAGCGUUAUAGUGUGUCAUUUUAUUUAUAUUGCUUUAUGGCAUAUUUUAAUGAUUCCAGUUAUGUUUUCCCUUUCUGCAAGGCAGAUUUGACAAAUAACCUAGGCGUUCAAACCAAAUUUCAUUCCACUGAAAUCAGUUGAAUACUGAUAUCACUGCUAAUCCUUUACUAUUGUAGUUACCUAAAGUGGUACAUCUACUCAAAAACAAAAGCCCGUUGCAUGAGUAAAAUAUGUAUUUUGAAACUGCAUGACAUCAUAAGUCCCAUUGUUCCUGGACUUAGUGGGAUACAGAGAAGAAGUCUGGCUUAACUUUCUCAGCUGAUACUUGGGAAAGCAUCAUACACACCCUGAGUGAUUUGAAGCCCCUCACCGCUGCAGAUUUGGGACCCAUUUCCCAUUUUCAUUUCAAGUCAAAAAAUAACUAGAACAUUUUUGUCUGACUGACAGAUGAAAGUUUCAGAAGACCAUAUAAGGAGAUAAUAUGUAAUGAAUUUCAGACCGAUCAGUACAGAAUGGGUUGUGUGCAAAAUGAAACAAUAUACUUUGAAAUUAAAACAAAAACCAGCCUCAUUUUCCUGUUACAGCUUUUGGGUUUCUCUCAUCAGGGAGGAUGUUGUUGAGCAAUAGUUCAUAGUCAUUGUAUCACUCCACUUAGAGGUAGGAGACAAUAUCCUGUGUUCCACCAGGAAUCUUGAAGCAAUAAUAUAUUGUUCCUACAAAAAAUAAUUAUUGGUCAGACGAUGAAAUACCUCUUCUCUCCCGGCAAAAUGAGCCCUGAAUUGUAAAAAAAUAUUAUAGAUAGCUAAUAAGGACAAUUAAAACAAUAAGAGUGCAAAGCCAGUUAGUCACUAGAUAGAUACAUAAAAUAAUGUUCCUGCAAGUAAAACCAUUUACUCAAUGCUAAAAUUAGUUAUUUGUUUCGUUUGUGCUGCAUUGCGUUCCAGUAUGAUUUCAAAUCUCAAGCUUUUUAUUUUGGAAAUGCACCUUUUUAUAUACCUCAACCCCCCCCCCCAAAUAAUCCCAAGUUACUUGGACAGACUGACCCCUAGAUGAUACACAGUUAUCCUCAUCUGCAGUUGUGAUAGAACAUUUUCAAGUCUUUGAUGGAACAAAACUUCACCUACUGUGAAACUUAUUGCUAUAGGGAACAAUGGCAGUUCGAAUUAGCUUCCUUCUUUUGCCUUAGAACCACCCAAGAAAAGGUGGUGGCAGUCCAUCCUGAGUCCUUCAUACCAAUAGAGAAAAUGGGCAUGUUUAAAAUGUUUUUUAAAACCUGUAGCCAAUAAUGAAAACAAUCAUUCAGCUUAGCCAUAGAAUAGAGCCCAGUGAGGAAGCAUCAUCAGUGAUCAGCCAUUCAUGGAAGAAAGGCAGCAAAAUGACAAACCCCUCUAUAACAAGGAAUUUUUAAAAUUCAUCAUGCUUACCUAUCUUCCUUUUGUCCAAAAUCUAAUUUAUUGACUUGCCCAUAAACCAACCUCCUUGGCACUGGUCCCCUCCUGCUCAAAACAGCUCUGGACAAGAGCAGUGAUGGACCCUCUGCCCCUUGCUUUGUGAACUACAGCCUUUAUUGUAAGCUCCACGUUUGGGAGAAUGAAAGGUAGAUCAAAGGUGUCAGAAAACUCAGGACUCAUUUGGAAAAAAGACUUUUUUGUUCCAUGUUUAACAAACUUGAAAAAGCUAUUUUGAGUGCAAAGCCUUUUAAAUGUCUCAGUGCAAAGUGUUUUUAUGAAACACUUUGCAUUCUACUUUUUAUUUAUUUUUUAAAUGGAAAUUGCUGAUCUCUUCGAGGCUAAUUGGUGAAAUUUCUUGGGAAAAAAUGUUCUAAGAGCAGCCCUGUUAAAUUCCUUAUGAAAAGGUUCAAGUUCUUUUGUGGAAAAACUGUGUUUCUAUUUUGUGUUUUUUUCCCCUGUAGGCAGUUGUUAGAAGAAUAAUGGAGAGUCUAGUGAUGGCAACUAAAGAACAUCCCUCUCAAUUACAAUGCUUAAGGCCAUAAUCCUUAACCCAUUUUUACUUAAGAGAAAGCCUUAAAACAUGACAGUGCCAACGUAUGUAUGGAUGUUAGAUGAUCAAGAAAAUAGAUUAGAGCUGCCUUCGUGUUGGGAAACUUUACAUUUCCUCUAUCAAGAAACUAAGAUAAAUCUACUAAAAUCAUAGGAUAAAUUAUCCUUUCGAUACCGGUAGAUCAGUGCUGGUAGUUUUCAAAUAAGCUACACUACAUAGUAAACCUACAUUAUGGAAUUAAUCAUUGUCAGAAGGAAAUAAUUCAUUACAUGAAUCAUCAAUCACAGGAGCAUUGUAGAUGGAUUUGGCCCUUGAAAAGUUAUUUUUCCAAGCUCAGGUGUCCAUUUGAACCUCAUAAAAAUACAAUCUGGAGCAAAGGACCAGAGAAAGACUGUUAGUAUUAUCUAUCCUUGAAUAAAUUACAAAUGUCAGCAGCACUCAAGUAAGCCUAUGGUCUGAUAAUCCAAUAAUGAAAUUUAUCUGCCUUGUGCUA